CUUGUCUGAUCCGUUAAUCUGAAUGUCUUCGUGCUCGAAUCUUGGGGUCCAUCUCGCACGCUUGGCUCGUGUGGUGCCCUGGCACAUGUGCCGCAAAAAUGCCAAGAGAAGGUGACACAGGCAUGACACCACACACACAUAGCUCGCAUGGACAAGACUCAUCUGGACUAGGUAGACGCCACGCACUGUCCACAGGCCUGUCUGCAGAGAGAGGGAUGGAUCGCCUCAUAGGCACACGACACACGAAUGGGGUGGCUGCAAACGACGCACACGCAUCGAUCGCACCCUUGCUUGCACCAAUCAAUCAACCAAGGACUACGUGACCACAGACAGUCGGUCGAGAAAUGACCAACUAGAAAUCGAACGACCGACCGACCAUUUGGCUCGCCGAGUGGCUGCCUGCCUGCCUGCCUGGCUGGCUGGGGUUCGUUCGUUGGUUCCUUCGACAAAACAGCCAGUCAGUCAGCACAGGGAAACUUCAAGCCAGUCAGUCGGUGCGACGUGAGUGAUAUAUAUGAGAUGUUAUGUGAGAUACGAUACAGAUGGGAUGGCUGGAAGGGACGGGAGGGGAAAAAGACUGACUGCUCUUUCUUAUCUUAAACACUUGUGACACGCACAGACAGACAGAUGCAUCCAUCUCAUGAGCACAACAAACUCACAACACGUGUGUGUCUCAGUCAGUCAGGACUACCUACCUUACCAACCAGUCAACCAACCAACCAACCAAACCAACCAACGGGAAAGACUCACUUGAUAGGCGGACGGGGGAGGGAGGGAGGGAGAUCAGCCAGACAGACAGAGAACCCACCGUCGCACACGCGGAAGGAGUGGUUUGGUGUUGUCAGGCGGUCACUCAGUCAGUUAGACAUACAGAGGAACAGACGGACGUACGUGCGCACGCAUACCCAUGGCAAAAAGAGUCCGCUCACACACACACACGACACACGACGGCAACGCGUCACUUCUCAACCCGCAUCAGACAGACUAGACACACACACACACACGCACACACGCAGAGGCAGCAAACUUCCCCGCUUACACCUUUCUGUGUCUCCCCCUCCCUCCGUCCCUCCGUCCCUCCCUCCCUCCGUCCCUCCCUCACUCCGUCCCUCUCUGCGCCCCGCCCAUGGUCAACUACCUACCCCUCGUGCUGCUCAUCAUCGUCCAUGGCCCCCUCAGUAUCCCCCUGCGGUGCCGUCCCCAGAGCGAACCCCAUCCCACCGUGGCCGGCGUACUGAGGGCUCAACGGCGCCUGCUGGGGCGCCUGGGGCUGCGGCUGCCCGUGGGCCGGUGGUCUGUAGCCAGCAGUGGUAGUGGAGAUGCCCUGCUGCUGCUGCUGCUGACUGGACAUCUUCAUUUGCAUGGCCAGCUGCUCCAUGAACCUCAUCUGCUGAGGUGCCAGGUUGACCUGAGGGGGGGUGCUGGUGGCCAGCUGGGAGAAGGGGCUGGCAGGGGCCUCUGGCGGCUGCUGCUGCUGCGGCUGCGGGAGGUGGUCAGGGGAGGGGGCGGCGACGCUUUGCGGGAGUGGCAUCGACUGCGACAGCAACGAUGGCACGCCAGGCUCCUCCUUGACCCAGGGAUAGGUGCUGCCCAUCUCGUGCAUCGACUCCUGCUUCCUCUUGUUGCCCCACCCCCCGACCCCGUCGACACCCACACCCACACCCACACCCAUGCCCAGCCCCCAGCCCCCCUGGUUGGCCUCCUGGUUGACCGUCGGGGGCGAGGAAAUGGCCAGGUUGCCGCCCCGCAACACGCCCCUGUGUGCCGUCAUGGCACGCCUACGCUGGGGCGACCGCACACCGGCGACGAACUCGUGCGGCUGUGGCCCGAAGGCGGGGGAGCCGAUGGUGGCGACGCCCCCACGGUUGACGAGCGGCCCGCUGCCACCGAACUCUGGUGGCAUGAGGCCCUCAGCAAAGCCUGGCGGGGACGCCGGGGGGAGGGGUGAGGCGAAGAGUGGGCCCGGCUGUGGGCUGAGGCCCGCACCGAAGCCUGGCGGGGAGAGCUCUGCUUGGGGGAUGGGCGAUGAUGGGAGGAGGGAGUGCUGUUGGUGGUCCCCUCCCCCUCCCCCUGCUCCCCCCGCCCCCCUCUGUUGGUGUGGGUUGGCCCGCUCGGCGCACCGCCGCAUGUGGUCCAGGUGCAGCUGCACAGCCUCCUCCCACAAACCGCAGAUAUACGCCAUCUUAAACAACUGCAAUCAAGCCAAACAUCAUCAGACACACCAACACAGCACAGAGGGAGGGAAGAAAGAACUGAUGGGAUGGUGCGCCUCUGCCGGACAGGCGCACGUGUGUGUGUGUGUGUGUGUGUGCUGUCUUUUCACCUGCGGCAGUGUGGCGUUUCGCAUCUCCCCGUACUUGAGACCAUGAUCGAGCAACGUCUGAUCCUGCACGCAACAUCAAUCAACAGACAGACCAGAGAGAGCGAGCAGCACACACUCCAAGGUGCUUCAGGAACUGGUAGCUGGAGUGCCGCCUGUCUGUCUGUCCCACCAUGAAGUCCUUGUUGAGCUCGUGGAACUCCCUGAGCCUCUUGAGCAGAGCCUUCCGGCCCUCACCGCCCAACUUCAAUGCUAUGCCCUCCCUGACCAACACACCCAAUGCGUGCAUGAGUGUGCAUCUGAAUGGUGCCGGCCAUGCCACGUGCUCGUCAUGUGUGUGUAUGGUUCGGACUCGUAUUCGAUGGUCUCUCGUGUGGUGCCCGAGGGGCUGCGUGUGAUGACCGCCGCCGGCUCACGCACCUGGCGCGUCUUGUUGCGCCGCCGCUGAGCCUGAACCCACACACAGCAUUCACACACACAGAGGUCAUGUCGCUGAGACAUGGAGUGGCUGGCGCACCGACCCUGAAGUGUCUCAUCUCAGCAUGGUGAGGGCUGAGUGGAAUGUAGCCCUUGUACUCCAGAUGAAGACGCACAGCCACUGGCCACAGUUCACUGAGGGAGAGAGGGAGAGAUAACAGGGAACGGUGUCCAGUGCGUUUUCCUUCCGCAUCAUUCCCUCUCCCCCCCUCCCUACCAGUCGACCGCCAGUCUAAGCAGCUCAAUGAUGGGGGUGUUCUGGUGCACCCGCUUCUCGACACCAUGACGCCCUGCACACACCAGACGAGACGAGACGACACCAGCCUGCCGUCUGACUCGUUCUCGUUCUGUCUUCUCUUCUGUCUGCCUCCUUCUCACGUGUGGCCUUGAUGUAGUUCCUCAGCAGCUCCCUGCCGGCAUCGCCGAGCGAGAAAGUGAUGCCGUCGUGGUACUGAGGAACCUGUCAGACAAGACACCAACCAAACCGUCACAUAGGCGGACAGCAGUCAUGCCCCAUCCCCCUGGCCUCUCUGCCCACUCACCACGCGCUGUGCGCUCAGCGGCAGGUCGUCGAGGGUCAACAUCUCCAGGGGCGCCUCGACGAUCGGUGGGGCCGCCAUGCCCCCAUUGCCGUCCGUCUCGCCGUAGACAGGGCCGCCAGCACCGCCCACAGUGGUGAGUUGGUAGUAGGAGGUCGGUGAGGGGAGUGGCUGGUAUGAGACGCCCGUGUAGGGCGGGUAGAGCUGCUGCAGCUGCUGGUGGUGGUGGUAGGGCGCCUGCUGCGUCGUGGCGCUACCGGUGCCGCUGCCGUCGUUGUCGGAGUCCUGCGACGACCGGUCGUCGCUCAUUAUCUCGCCCCGCUCCAACUUAACCAUCUGUCUUGGCAACCAACAGAUCCAAUCGGCACACACACACAUCCCUCCCUCCCUCCCUCCCUCCAUCACCUUGGUCCUGUUCUGCCCAGCUCACCGGUUGGAAGCCGUCCCUGGGGCUCCCUCCCUCGUAUGGUCCCGGUAUGGGCGUGUUGGGCGGGACCCUCCCCAUGCCGCCAUAUGGCGAGUAGAUUUCUGCCUUCACGUCAGCCUCCUGCGGCACCAAGGGCACGGCGGCCGGCGGCUGUGGGUGCGAGUCGAAUGACAUGGUCAGUGAUGGGGGCGGGGGGGCCAUCGAGGCAGUGGAGCUUCGCUGCGAUGCACCGCCAGGCAGGCCCACAGAACCCAUGUACGCGCCCAUCGGACCAAACAGCUUCCUGUCAUCCUGCAAACACACAUACAAGGCAAGGCAAGGCAAGGCAACGCAAGGCGACACGAACGACAGACACCAUUGACCCAGUUGUCAACACAGACACUCGCGCACAGACAUGCUCUCCCCUCCCCUCCCCCUUUUACCAGUGUGUUUUCCACGGGGAGUUUGUCAAGCAGCGCCUCUCCCGGCUCGCCGAUCAUGGAGAGGUCGUGGCCGCCAUUCUCCCCCUCCCCCUCAGCAGCCCCCUCCGGCGGCGGCGCCGAGGAGGGUCUGGGUGGGACGGCGAAUCCCUGCUCGCCCCACGAGUUGCUGGGCCGCAUGUAGUCGACCAUCAUGGCGCUGUCAGUGCCGAUGGGCACCGGGGGGAAGUCCAGCUGGGCGGCCGAGUGCUGGUGGGUGAGGAAGAGGCACGAGGAGAGAUGCGACUGGUGCCGCUGGAGCGAGGGGCGGUUGAGGGACGCCUCCAGCGAACUCGUGUUGAAUAGAAGACCCGCACCAGCCGUAUCCUGCACACACAGACAGACAGACAGACAGACAGACAGAGGAGGGAGGGGUAAAACAAACACGAUUUGAUCAGCAGGAACCAUCCAAUUGUUGUUUGUCGUCCCUCCCAUCCCUCCCUCAGUUCGUUCGAACCUACCUGUGACAUGAGUCUCUGCAGCUUCCGGACGGGCUGCUCGAUAGAGCUGUUGCGAUUGAGGAACAGAUCCCUUCCCCCCAGACUCAGCCCGCUCAUCCCCCCAGACAGCUGUCGCACCAAAGGGUCCUCAAACAUCGACACACCAGGGCCGUUGUACGCCGACGAUCCCGUGGGGAACGGCCGGCCGACGUCCUCCAUGUUGCUGUCGCCGCGCAACGCAGGCAUGGGCCCGAGCGCGUUGCUCGCCGCCGGGCUGGGGCGUGACGGCGUCCGCUCCAUCGAUGGCGGGUUUGUCUCGCCGAGGAGCAUGUCGUUGACAUGGCCUCCUCGGUCACCCUGCUGGGCCGCCCACGCAUAGCCGGCGAACGAGGAUGGGUCUCGCUGCAUGGAAGGGAGGGGCAGCGGGACCGAUGACGGCGGUGGGGGAGGUUCCAUGGGUGCGGCGGAGGACGGGGGGAGCUCCAUGGAGUCGGCCUCUGCCAGCUGGACGUGUUGGGCGUACUCGAAGGGGAGCUUGCUGUCAGCGCGUGAGGGGCUGCUGGGGUGCGCCAUGAUGAUAAUACAAUCGACUCGUGGGACACGCAGCCGACCACUCACUCAGUAACACCCAGUACCCUCCUGAGGAACACACGAAGCACAACAAACAGAAGGGACGGGCAGGAAAUGUCAUAGCGAAACAAGGACAGGCAGCCGCCUUCUCCUCCCACCUGAAUCUUCCUUCCACGUGGCUGUGCUGUGUGUGUCUGCAGCUCAAUCAGACGGUCACCCCCGCCGCUUGUUCGCGCCAGGCCACUGCUCUUCAGGAAUUCGGCGAUUCAUCAAGCAGGCGCUGCUCUCCCUGCUGCUGCCUGCCCUGAUGGGAAAACGGAAACGCGCAUCUUU